AUGUCAUGGCAGGCACUUGAGGUCAGAGCGGGGAGGAGGCGAAGAAAGGCGGGCUUUGUCUCCUUUGAUCACGCCGCCUGUCCCAGCAAAAAAGAAAAAUGUAGGAAUGACGGGCAAAGUGAAUUCGACUGGACGCCGGCCUUCUGAUGUUGUUCGCCUUAUUUUCGUAUUAAAUCCGUGUUCGCCGUUAUCGUGAUACUCCCAUUAUUCUCGCAUCCACCCGAAACGGCGGCGAACAUCAAAGGCUGGCGUGUUAACGACUUUCCGACUUGAAUGAAAACGACGCACCGCAAAGGAAUCGUGUUGUUCCUUAUGGCUAUCAGUCUCGGCGGGUCGCUGAUUGCGCUUCGUCUCAAUUUCAGUCUCUCCAUUUAUCGAAAAGCCGCCGCGGCCUCGGUCAUCUGGCGCGGGCCAUUUCUGAAUAUGGCGGGGUAAAAUAAGAUGGAAAAGCCCUUCUCCCUCCGAGGGAGAAGACAUGUGGCGUGGCUGGAGUCAGAGCAUCUUUUAUUUCUUUUUUAAACGCGUUUUUAAUCCGUUUAAAUGCUUUUCGAUGCCUGUUUAUCCUUAAUUUGCAGAGCACCGUGCUGUAGAUGCUAGCACGAUGAAGAAGGAGGACUGGUGGAACGUUCUUGACCAGGUGCUGGAGGAUGGGGACGCGUGCGAGGUAUGUUUUGGCAGUCAAGGUGUCAAUCAUUAACAACAUAUCACGUUUUCAAGCCUCAAAAUUUGAAUUUUUGUUGAAAAUUGAGUCUUUAUACAGUACCAAAGCUCACCUCAACAAUUUCUGCAAUAAGAUAACAUCAUCCACUAAUAACUGUCUUAAAAAUAAUAAUUUACCCUUCCUUCCAGGCCUUUAUGCAAUGGAUCCAAUCAGAAAGCAACGUGCAGGCCUUCAACCUCCACUUCUCGAUCGUCGCCUUCAAGAAGAUGUGCGAGUGCAAAGACGAGCACGUGAGGAGAUUGGCCGAAGAGAUAUACGACGAGUACUUCAGCGACAGAAGCUCUUUUUUUAGCGACAGACGGUUGGCAGGAAGGAUCGAACUGAAGGUGAAAGACAAAACGGCACCAAUCGAGAAGAACCUCUUCGACGACUGUGUACCACACGUCCGACGGUACCUACAGGCUCAGCUACAGUCUUUCCACCAAUCUCAGGAGUUCAUUGACCUGUGGAACAGCAUCGAGAACUCCGACGUACACCUACAACGUCCAUCGACAUCUGAUGUGCAUCUACAGCGACCGUCAACGUCUUCGGAAGUGCUUCCAGAGGUCAAGUACAAGACGUCACACAGAAGAGAGAACACGAAGCUAACUCCGAAAACACUUCUGCGUACACAACAUGACAGAGACCUGCUACUGGGCCAAAGGUAGGGUGAUUAGACAAACAUGACUUAACAUUACUCAUAUGUGUUAAUGUUAUAGUUUUAACAGUACUUGCUAAAAAAGAUGUCACUGAUCGACGAUUAAGCUUAAUAUUGUUUUAGUCACGUUGAGCGAAUGUUUGGAAACAACAAAGGAACGCUGAAGUACCCGUACGUUUGUAAUGCGACGACGAGUAAGAACGACUCUACAGUAUCUUCGAACUUGUCCAACGAAAGAAAAAAGAUCGUUCAUAAGGAUCAUACAUUGUCCCGAGAUACGGUAUGUUACUGUAAAAGCAUUUUAUAAUGUACAACCACUAAUAUUAUUUUAACGUAUAAACCUGAAUAAGAGAGUAAUCAAGGUAAACAUCAAGUUUACUGUAAAUUAAUAUUUGUAGCGCGCUUUCCUUGGUCCUCAGCCGUCGUUCCGGCACGAUACGGAGGAAGGCAGAAGGAUGUUUGCCGAGAUUCUGAACGAGAAACUCAGAAUCCUGGAUUCGAAACUGAAUCGGACAGAGAAGAUGAACGAGAAGAUCAAGAAGAUCGACCGGAGGAACAACUUCUCGGCCAGAGACGUCGUCAUCUCCGCCGGCAAGUCAGAUUCCGCCUUCGACGUCGCCGACGAAGAGGACGAUCUGGAUUCGUAUGUGAGGAAACGGAUGAUGGACUCCAACAAACCGUCACCGUCCCAUCAGUCACCUCUCAACGACCUCUUCAAGGCUAGGCCACGUUCUCCAAGUAAGUUAUGUCAUAAGACACGAUUCACUGAUGAUGUAUAUCUUGAUUUUAAUUACAUAACUGCCAGUAUUAUUUAUCUCAUUAUAUAUUACUGUUCAUGCUAAAAAUUGCCCUAUAAUAAUUAAAAAUAAUGUUUAGGGUCCUGCUCACCCGACCGGUCGAACAAAGAAGUGUUCGACCAGAUGUCAUGGUCGAUGUCAGGUAUCUCCCACAACAUGUCAAACAUAUCUUGCAAGAGCAAGAAGCCCUACCGCUACAACUACGACGAAGACACGUCAGGGAUCGGGUCGAUGGCCACCACCUACUUCUCUAACAAUUCUUUGCCCAUUAAGAAGAAGCACAGAGCGAUGGUGUUCCAGAAGGCCAGGGAGAUGUCCAGCAAGAACCACACCUUGGAGUAGGUUUACUCUACUAUGACAUUGUUAUAGGCUUCAGAAAAAAGUAACAUUAUUAAUAAUACUUGAAUAAUAUGAUUAUUAUGUAGCAUUGAAAACAAUUACUAAUGAGUCUUACUGUAGGUACCCAAGGGAGAGCAUGAAGUUAUACCUAAAGGGAUCCGACGGCGUCCCAAUGGUGGCUCACGUCAACAAGUCCAGACUAACACUGAAAGAGUUCCGAAAGUACAUGUCCAUAUCAUCCAAGGUGAAGAAACGGUAAGCAUUUCAUUUUCUGUUACCUACUUUAAUAUCUUCCUUAUAAGUCAUUCCAAUUCAUUAACAAUCGAUAACGUUCCUCUAAUGCCUACAACAACAUAAGCCAGUUUGUUAAGCUCAAUCUGUUUCAGACUUUAUUUCAAAUCACAAGCCGAAGAUUCGAACGCACCGUACGAGCUGUUGCUUGUGGACGACGACGCGUCGUAUGUUCCCGUCUUCGAGGGAUGUGUCGCAGCUGAAUGUCGCAGUUUCUCCGACUCGGAGUAG